ACCAACGUUACAAAAUUCUUCGUCGUUUAUAUUAACCUCAAUACAGGUAAAUCCAAUUUGAUCCUAUCCAUUAUCCAUGGUAAAAGGUGAUUUGUGCUUGCAGUGAAAACAUAUCACACCCAUUUAAUCCUACCUAUUAAUGAGAGCGAGUUUUGUAAGUGGUUUUGGUACUUGGUAUGCGCAUAACAACAGACUGUGUACAUUUGCUACCAAGUAUAAUUUAAUUCAAAUAUGAUUGACGUACGUGAAGUGUCAGUGUCAAAUCAAAGUUUAUUUGUUUAUGCGAGUUGUGUGCUUGGUGCAGAAGUUAUGAUGAAAAAAUUGUAGUAUUGCAGCUUUGGUGAUGAUAGGGUCGAGCUGAUUGGGCGAGAAGUUGGAAAUUUUACAAUAGAAAUCGGAACGUCCGAAGGAAGGAAGGGAAGAUUCGCGAAAAAUGGUGACCGCCGAGUUCAUCAAAUCGGAAUACCCAUUGCACUGGUUCGUGUGGUACAAUGAUUUCACGAAACUGGAAGAGGAGCUCCACAUCAACGCCUUUGAGCUCGAGUCAAGGGACAAUCGUGGCAGGACACCAUUGAUGUUGGCUGUGACCCUGGGUCAUUUGGAAGUUGUCAGAGUUCUAUUGAAUCAUCAUGCAAAUGUCAACUGUGAGAAUCCAGAUGGAUGGACUGUGGUGCAAGAGGCUGUCUCCACUGGGGAUCCAGAACUGCUGCAUAUGGUCCUUCAGCGACGAGAUUUCCAAAGAUAUUCGAAUCGCAUGGCCGGCAUUCCUGAGCUGUUGCAGAAGCUGAAAGAAGCGCCAGAUUUUUACGUUGAAAUGAAGUGGGAAUUUACAAGCUGGGUUCCUUUGAUAUCGAGGAUGUGCCCAAGCGAUACAUACAAGGUAUAUAAGCAAGGCUCGAAUGUUAGGAUAGAUACAACGUUGUUGGGAUUCGAUCACACGAGCUGGCAACGCGGAAACAGGAGCUACAUUUUCCAGGGUCACGUCAUACAAAUUUGCGAGGCGAUCAGAGGAAACCGGAGUUAUAUUUAUUCGUUAGAGAAAACUGAGGGGAACGAUGGUGGUGCUACGAUGAUGGAGGUUGAUCAUGAAGCGAAGCAGGUGUUUUGCGAGCAGAUGCGAGCGCCGGACGAGGCCCAAGGUUUGCUCUCGCCGUCCGAAGAAGCUUUGUCUCAAAGACUCACCACUCCAAUAGUUACGACUUACGUAGACACCGAUAAGAUUAGCUUCGAGAGGAACAAAGCUGGUAUGUGGGGUUGGAGGUCUGAUAAGCAGGAGGCAAUCAAUGGGUACGAAUGCAAAGUCUUCGGGGCCAGCAACGUGGAACUGGUGACCAAGACCAGAACCGAGCAUCUAACUGAGACGGAUAAGGCUAUAGCCAAAUCGAAAACGACCAAAACGCCGUUGCAGAACUUCUUGGGAAUCGCGGAAGUCGAGGAAAAACAGGCGGCCGCUGCGCGAAAUGAGGAAUAUUCCAAUGCCGGUAAUCCAUGCAACAUAACGCCGGAGGAGUAUUUCGAUGAGAAUGUUAACUUGAACGGUAGGGAUAUAGGUAGGCCGAAGGAGGUGUACACGAAGAUACAGAAAUUUAAGGCUACGCUGUGGCUAUCGGAGAACUACCCGCUCUCGCUUCCAGAGCAGAUACUGCCCAUCGUCGAUCUGAUGGCGAUCUCCAGUUCUCACUUUGCGAAACUCAGGAACUUUAUACAAAUGCAACUGCCAUCAGGUUUUCCUGUCAAAAUAGAAAUUCCAUUAUUUCAUGUGAUUAAUGCCCGCAUUACAUUUGGAAAUAUAUUCGGUAUGGAUAUGGAUAUUCCCUAUGUAACUAGGAUAGAAGAAGAGGAUAGGUUAACUUGCGCCCUCGACGACGUCAUCUUCCAAAGCCCACCCGGAUACACGCAGCUCGGUAAUGUCGGGGCCGACGGUCGUAGACAGUACAGCAUCGAAGAAGAGGAUGACUUAUUGCAAUUCGCGAUCCAGCAAAGUUUGAUUGACGCAGGAACUGAAAAGGAAGAGGUGGACAUAUGGGAAGCAUUGAAAGCCAAAAAACCGUCUCGUCCAACCACACCGAAUUUCAUUGGUGAAGAGGAGAGGCAAUUACAAAAAGCAAUACAAGCUAGUCUAGCAUUAUACCAAAACCCUGGCCAGGUCCUUGUAGAUUCUAGCCCAGACACCGAUUCCGAGCUGAACAUGGCUCUGCUGCUGUCAGAGCAGCAGAGAGAACAGGAAGAGGAACAGCGGCUCGAGGAGCAACGCAUGCUCGAAGAAGUUUUGCAAUUAUCAUUAACCGAUAAAUAGGGAAUUUUAAUUGAACGAAGGGAACUCAAAAAAAACAUCAACGGUAUUUUAGUUAAACUUAUCAACUAAUUUAUCAAGUCAUAUUUAUUUUGUUGAUGUGAAAGCAACAUUCGUUUAUUUCAUUGGUAUGGUUAUUAAUCGGUAUAUGUGUAUAUACAAGACAUAUACACAAA